ACCACAACAGCCAUAGACAUAUAUACAACAACCCCCAUUUGACUGAACCCCUUAUAUCCGUCUCAACUGAAUGACCUCACAUACCUAGCGGUCCAAUAUGGAGGAGUACGCUCGAGAGCCCUGUCCCUGGAGGAUCGUAGAUGACUGCGGCGGUGCGUUUACCAUGGGGGCCAUCGGUGGUGGCGUCUUCCAGUCAAUUAAAGGCUUCCGGAACGCACCGAUGGGCGUACGCCACAGGCUGAAAGGCAGUGCCAACGCUGUGAGGGUCAGAGCUCCGCAGAUAGGAGGCAGCUUUGCCGUGUGGGGGGGUCUCUUCUCCACCAUCGACUGCGGCCUGGUGCGUCUCCGUGGGAAGGAGGACCCCUGGAACUCCAUCGCCAGCGGGGCCAUGACUGGGGCAGUGCUCGCAUCUCGCAGUGGUCCGCUGGCGAUGAUGGGCUCGGCGAUGAUGGGGGGGAUUCUGUUGGCUCUGAUCGAGGGCGUUGGGAUCCUGCUCACCAGAUACACAGCACAGCAGUUUCAGAACAUGAGCCCCCUUGUGGACGAUCCCAGCCAGCUGCCGCCGAAGGACCCGGACCACCAGGGGGGCCGUGGGUUCGGACAGUACCAGUAGCACCACGGGCUAGAACUCCAACCUGGGCCCGUCUGUGCACUCCCUGACCUAAUCAGUCUGACAGGAAAGGGGAAGGGGCCACUGUACAGGCUGCUGAUCAGAAGACACUAAUCUGCACCGAUCUCCCGCAGACACGGAGGCCAAUUGCUAUUCAUUUGUAUUUAUUUGCACAUUGAUUAAGUGAGCGUAAGUGCGUCUGGCUCUGGGUUUGGACUAGUCAGUACUGUAUUUUCAUGUUCAUCAUACUUGUACAGCCGAUAUUAUUGUCCAGUAUGUGAAGCUUAAUCUCAGUUUGUAAGGAGGGCGUUUCAUCGUCAGGUUUAAACAGUCUGUUCAGGAACCGUCUUUCACUACAAGCGUUUAAUGAAUUUUAUACAGGACUCAGGAAUCAUUUCUGUACUGAGGAAUUAAUGCAUGAGUUUAUACGUUUUUCUUCCCACAACAUUGGGCGCUAAAAAUCUGUAUCGUCAGGUUUUCACCGUCCUGUUUGAUUUAAAGGGAAUUUGAGGUGUGAUGCGCUAUGCAAUAUAGAUAUAAAAUCGUGGGAAAAAAGGAGAGUGUUGUUGCUGGGUACUGUUCUGUUAACUGAAGCCUCUGUCUUUCUGCCACGAGGGUUUGAAUAUCCCAAUUCCCUCAUCCUGUUCUCUAGUAUUUCUUCUCUCUCUGUUGGCUCUUGUCUGUAAAAAAGCAUCAGAGGAGGACCAGCUGAAUUUUGAAAUGAGUGUACAUAAUGUUUAUCAGUGAGUGUAAAGUCGCCCAACCUACAAAAGAUACAUAUUAAUGUAAUGUAAUUUUGAUUACUUUAUUUAUGGUACAGCAAAGAAAAAACAAUGUUUUUAAGGAAUAAAAGAGUUUCAUGGUGAAAGUU